AUGAACCAAACAAGCGAAGCGGACGAAACGCCCCCAAUGUCCCCGAUGGAAGAGCGCCAGAUAAAGCUACAACGCGAACUCGCAGAUAAGAUCACGGAAUGUUGCUCGACGGAUGAAUUGAAUGCGCUGCUUGCCCUCGGAGCACAAGCUGGAGGAGAAGUGACUCGCGGGUUAACUCCCCUACACUACGCAUGCCAUUCUAACAAUUUCUUGGCAGCUAAGGUGUUGCUGGAGACUGGAGCAAAGGUCGAUGCAAUGGAUGCCAUCGGCUGCUCCCCACUUCAUCUAUGCGCUGAACAUGGCUAUGAUCCACUUGUUAGACUGUUACUCCGAUACGUCGACACCAUCUCUACCUUUGAACAAAUCAUGGAAUUAGACGAAAAUGGACGAUACCCAAGCCGAGAUACGGUGGACGAACCAUUGAGGCAAGCCAUAAAGAAUGGUCAUCUCUCAAGCGCAGAGCUCCUGCUUCAAGCCGGCUUCAGCCCCAAUGCCAUCUAUUUUGAUGGGCCUGAGAUAACGCUACUCACAGCUAAUGACGAUUAUUAUGUCGAGUUCUUGGAGCUUUUGCUCCGAUUUGGCGCAAAUCCAAAUGCGCUCGACCGAAAGGGGAUGAGCCCAUUAAUGAUCGCCGCAAAGCGUGGUGAACGAGGUCAAAAAGCUAUUGAGGUUCUGGUGGCCAAUGGGGCUGACAUCAACUUGCGUGGCUCACCACGAGCCGAUUUCCGGACGGCCCUCCACUAUGCCGUGCUCUCCGGCUCAAAGUCAACCGUACGAUUGUUGAUCGAGAAAGGUGCUGAUGUCCAACUGCCAACCGACUACGAGAAGCCUUCGAUCCUUGAUAUUGCAGUUCUCAAGGACGAUCCUGCCCUUCUCCAGGAAGUCGUGGUCGCUGGUGCUGACCCGAAUCGAGUUUACACAUAUAUCGGCUCGGCUUUGCAUCUGGCUUGCUGUUCGAUUUUGAAGAAUCAGAAAGAGAUCUUGACCAUCCUUCUCGAGCAUGGUGCCGACCCAAAUCUGGAGCACAAAUUCGGAGAUGGCUCGGUUCUGAAGACACCUUUCGUUGAAUACUUCCGGAGUCGAGAUGUGGUUGAACGUGAAGUCAUCUCCCUUCUCCUGGGCUAUGGAGCCAAAGUAUAUCUGCGUACACCAACCACCCAUCAGGCUGGCCAACUGCGGAAUAUUUUGAGGCUAGGCGCCCAAGGACAGGGCGAUAUCGUGUAUGCAAUGCUGGACAUUGCCGAAGAGGACGUGGAUGUGAAAGCUGUUCUGCGGCUUCCCUUCUCGGACCCAGUGAAGCAGGCGAUUUUGGAAAUGAACAAGUCACCCCGUAGCCUUGAACACCUUUGCCGUAUCCGACUUCGUGAAAUGGGCCCACUACGACCUUCAAAAAUCGAAGCCCUCCCCCUGCCCAAUCACUUGAAAAAAUACGUCCUAGCUUCAGUA